CAAACAUGGACUUACAAAAUAUCAGACUCCAAAAGUUUCAUUGCAGCGACCCUGCAUGCAAAAGACAUGGAGUUUACUUCUGUAGAACCCACCAGAUGUACACAUGAAAAGGCUGUACUAACAAGAUGCACUUCAAAUGUCAACUUGUCAUAAUCCAAGAUCUAUCUGAUAUCAAGACCAAUGUGAUUGAAGUCAAGAUAUUUGUGAAGAGGCUGUUCAAGCUCGUAGCUGAGAAUGGUCUAAGAGCAUAUAACCCUCACAUUGACGAUGAAUUGAAAGAUUUCCAGGACAGCCUUGUCGAGAUCGAGAAAAAAAUAAGAGAUGCAAUUACUCAUGACAAUCACAAGCAAUUUGACACUCUUCAGUCUCAGAUCAAGCAAAUCCAAAUCCAGAUGUCCGACAGCGAUGUAAUCAAAGAAAUUUUGUACAUGUCAGAAUCCAGAAAUACAAGCUUGCAUAAUCUACCAAAAAUCGGUGACGAAUUCUCAUCUGCCACCAAGGUCAAAAAGAAGAUUGAUGCUGUGGUUCAAGAAAAUAUGGAGCUGAUGGAGAAGAAGUUACUUUCCAAAUCAAGGCAGAUCGAUCUGCAAUGAAAAGCCAGACUCACUGAAGAAUUCAAAGACAAGAUUCAGAAUCUGAAAGAUCUAAAUGAUGCCAAGGAUAUCGAGCUUGAGCAGCAGAAAGAAGCUGCAAAGCAAGCAUGUCAGGAUACCGAAGAUAUUAAGAAGCAAAGAGACAAAAUUUCUACUGAAAAAGAAUCUCUUCUGGCUAAGAACAAAGAUCUCAAAACCUUCAAGACUCAGCUCGAAGAGGAUCUUAAGACUAAAAUUGACCAGAUCGAAGAAUCCAAGAGCCAAUAUGCAAAAGAUCAAGAAGAGAAGGCUAAAAUUAUCGAAGAACUGAAAUUAAACGAGUCUGCACUUGAAGAAACGAAGGAAAUUAUCAAAGGUCUCUACAAAAAUAUCUGCCCAGACUUCGACCCUGAAUCCAAAGAAUUGAAACUUAACAUGUCAGAAGAUAACUCUAUGAACUUAGUGAAAUCAAUUGGAGCAUCUAAGUGCUUUCUCGGGGACAUGAACAGGCUUCAGAUUGAUUAUGUCUCCAAAAAAGACCAUUCUCUGAAUGACUUCCUGAAGAACUGUAACCUAUCCUCUCUCAGACUACUUUCUUUUAACAAUAACUUUCUUGGGUCAACCGGGAGUCAAGCUCUGAAGAUCAAGUUUUACCAGGAAGGAUUGCAAAGACUCCUUAUCAAUGUAACCAAAGAGGUUUACUUGGAAAACUUGAUCAUUGAUGGCCUCGAUCUGAGCUGUAUAAUUCAGUCUUGUGUGAAUACUGAGAGAUUGGUUAUUCGUUAUAGCAAAAUUUCUACUUCAGACUCUUUGGAUUUCUCUACUCCCCCUCAGGCCAAGCUUGAGUACCUUAGUUUUUGAUAUUGUGGAGGUGAAAAAUGGUGCUCUGAACAGUGGGACAUGUACCCAGAGAAGUUCGAGAAGAUAAUAGUGGCCAUUAAGAAUUCCUCUUUAAAGAACUCUCUCAAGUCCAUUAAUGUUCGUUGCUGUAAGAUCUCGGUAUCUAAAGUAAAUGAACUGUUGGAUACUCAUGACCUCCCACACAUCAAAGGGAUUAAUCAAGUGAACUUUCCUUUUAAGGAAUAA